AAUGAAGAGCUUCUCAAGUGCAAGAGUGGAGCAACAACAGCCAUGGAAGCUCGAUCAAUGGCUUCUUCGAUCCCUCUCACUCUCCACCCUCGUUUCCCUUCGCCAUCACUGUCUUUCAGACGCUUCUACGCCCGCCCUCCUCCCCGCAAUCUCCAUCCCUUUCUUAGAUUCCGUGCUAGUUCUUCAGUCGUUGCCGCUGAGCCUGCUGUUCUUCAGGAGACUCAAGUUCAGAGCAACAAAUCUUCUGUAUUUGACUUUCUUUCAUGCCCAAUCUGUUAUGAACCAUUAACAAGAAAAGGGCCUUCAGGCCUAAACCUGCCAGCUAUCUAUAGGUCUGGAUUUAAGUGUGAGAUAUGCAACAAGACAUUCUCCAGCAAAGAUAUGUACUUGGAUCUCACUGUUACUUCAGGAACAAAAGAGUAUAAUGAAUUCAAGCCUGCCAGGACUGAGCUAUUCAGGAGCCCUCUUGUUUCCUUUCUAUAUGAAAGAGGAUGGCGCCAAAAUUUUGAUCGAAGUGGCUUCCCAGGUCCUGAUGAAGAGUUUAAUAUGGCUCAGGAGUUUUUCAAGCCUGUGGCAGGUGGUUUGCUUGUGGACGUGAGCUGCGGGAGUGGCUUGUUUUCAAGAAAGUUUGCAAAAUCCGGAACCUACUCUUCAGUUAUCGCAUUGGAUUUUUCUGAGAACAUGCUUCGCCAAUGCUACGAGUUCAUUAAAAAUGAUGAAAGUAUUCUGGCAGCAAAUUUUGCUCUUGUCCGGGCUGAUGUAUCAAGGCUACCAUUUGCGUCAGGAUCAGUCGACGCAGUCCAUGCGGGAGCUGCACUGCACUGUUGGCCUUCUCCUUCCAAUGCAGUUGCCGAAAUAAGCCGAGUUCUUCGAAGCGGCGGUGUCUUUGUAGGGACUACCUUCUUAUCAACGCCGGUAAACAGUCCUUUUGCUUCUGCGACAUUGAGGCCAUUAAGACAAAUCUUUGGGCAAGUUACCAACAGUUAUUCGUAUUUCACGGCGAAAGAGAUAGAAGACUUGUGCAAAACCUGUGGACUUGUGAGCUAUACAAGCAAAAUUCAAAGAGCUUUCAUCAUGUUCACUGCUCAGAAACCAUAAUAUUUUGAAGCUGCAGUUUGUUCAGUAUGUAUAAAGUAUGACAAUUCUUUCAAAGCAGAAGUAUGUUGCAGAUUUACUAGUAAAUGAAUUUGGUAAUCCAUUAGACCACAUUCUGUAAAUUCCUCACUGUUUAUCAUCUAUAACAAACACUUCUUUUCUUUGAGGUAUAA